UUACAGUGUACCCUUCAUUUUAUACUAUCUAGCAGUAUUGAAUUGUUGGAAAGAGGAGAUGAAAAUACAGUAUGUAGAUUUACAGACAGCGCGUAUAGGAGAGCAAGAAGUGUGAUGAGAAAUUAUUCUACUAAUAUAAAUUUAAAUGUUCAUGAUGAUGUGGAAACCUUAACACCUGAACAAAUCGACGAUAUUACAAAUCACAAAAAUGAAGUUACUGAAGAUGGUAUCGAUCCGAACGCUUUAUAUCCGGAAUUUCCACCGAAUCAUCCGAAAAUUGCUCGGAUUUUUAAGUUGCCACCGAUAAGUAAAUGUCCUGUGGAGAAUGGUAUUAUAAAAACUCCCUGGGGUUCAGUUUCUGCUGGACCGCUAAUCGCUGGUAUAGCUGCUGGUCUAAAACCCGAAACAGUAAAACUCUCGGAAUUGUUUCCUAAUGAAACACCAGAUAGAAAAGCAAAUCUUUCAAGAUUAUCCUUAGAUAAUAAAUGGAUGGCAACUGUGGCUGGUGAUUUAGCUGAAGUUACCUUAAUACAAGGCCCUACAAAUGAGAAGUUUAGUAUAGGUGUAAACGGAACAUGGAAUUCGUCAGCUAUGCCACGUUGGUAUUUCCUGAAAAACAAUGAAAAAUUACAAUUUACUGCGGCAGAGAUCAGAGGAGAUCUCGAUGGAUUAAUCAUUGCUGGCAAAAUAGAAUCCUUAUAUACAAACAUACCUACUUUAAGAUUGUCACAGAUUCUAGACUUGUAUUAUAGUCCUCGUGGAUUGUUUGAUCCUUGGAUUAGAGCAUGUAAUCGGAGAAUACUAUUCCGGACAAUUGCAUCAAACUCAACAAUGGCUGAACAGGCAUAUAGUGCCUCGCUAAUCUUGGAAGAAUAUAUACAUAGAGCUACAAUGGAUGACAAUGUAAUUGAGAAAUUUGCAUCGCAAGCGGCGAAUGAGUUGUCAAAUUAUGUUGAUUCUACUAUGAAUAAAGAUUUAUCCUGUCAAGAUAUAGAAGCAGGAAAUUUUGAUGAUAUUGUUCAAGUUGCUAUUGAUCUAACAAUUAUUAUUGAUACAACAUGGCCUUUUGAUGCAAUACAAUCAAUUCUUGCAAAUAUAUUGGAUGGUAUCAAGAUAAAUCGAUACAAUAGUCAGUUUACAAUUAUAAAUGGCUAUGAUGGCAAUAUCAUGAUUAAUACUACCAACAGUAUUUUACAUUUUGGUUAUUAUAAUUUCACGAAUUACAUGAAUGUUACUCUUGGUUUUGAUCUUCCCAAAUCACUUGAAAAAUUAAGUACUUUGCAAAGAAACAAAUUGAAUAACGAACGUCAUGGUUUAGGGCAUGCAAAAUCUGAUGUAGUGUUAAUUGUUCCAUAUACAUCCUAUCUUACAAACUCUGAUAAGGAAUAUUGUAUAGAAUUAAUCAAAAAGAUGCGAGAGCAAGUACCAGAUGCUACAUUGCUUAUAUUGACUUAUGGAUUAAAAGAUAGAUGGUCAGAGCUUGUAUAUAACGCAUUGGAUGACUUGUUUUCUACCACUGUUACGGACGAGAUAGGAAGUUCAGCAUCAAUUGCUAAAUUAAUUUCGAGAAUAAAGAAAGUUCCACAGCGUUUGAUCAAUACGCAAUGUGGUGCCGAUUAUUCACCUGUUGGAUCUACCAAUUCAUUUAUCGAUUACAUUGAACCAGCUACGAUUGUUUCUUACAGAUUGCAUCCUAAUUAUUUCUUCUCCACUAAUAGCGAUCAUGUUUCAAAGAUAAAGAUUCAAGGAUUUGGUUGGGGUAACUUGAAAGUAUGCACAUCACGACAUUUCAUAACUUUUAAUACAUCAGAAGGUAUGGGUGAAUCGUGCGUAUCAAUAAAUAAUGAUGUGCAUACCAUUUCGGUCUCUUGCGGUGAUGCUGGUUUGAUACAUCUUUGCCAACCAUUAUACUUAUCAAUAAUUGCCAAUUCUUCAGUAAUUAGUUAUCAGUGCACGGAUGCACAAGUAUGCAAAUUCCCUCACAUGAUCAAAUAUACCAUUUCUUAUGAAAAUGUAGUAUGUGAAAGCAGUGCAAAUAUAAAUGUGCUAAAUGUCUUCAUUUUAAUCAUAAGUAUGAUAUACAAUAUAUGCUUUUUGUAAUAAACAUUAUGAAAACUGUGAAA